AUGUCCUGGACUACUGCUGGAACGUCGACUCCAGUGCUGUGCCAAGAGUGUCAGCGCUUUGUUCAAGAUGGUUAUCGCGAAUCUAAUCACUAUGGCAUUCUUGGACAUCUGAAGUUGUCUGCAGAGCCGAUAAACCAUCCUGCCUGUUCUCUCUGUGUUUUGUUGUGGGCAAGUAUACAGGCACAAUACUCAGCGUCUGUUUCCACGUCUAGUGUCGACACUAUUCUCAACUCUGAAUAUGUAUUGGACUUGGUUUAUGGCCACUAUUCGCGGCCUCCCAAAGUCCAGAUCAGGGGAGCGGUUAUGAUGGACGGAACCCGGCCAGUCCUAAGUACCCUCGACGCUACUCCCAUACAGAUUAGGCAAUUGGACCUUUCGAUACAUAACCCAAAUCGGCCAGCAGCCUCAGGGAACACCUGGACUCCUCAAAUCAAGGAAACCGUCUUAACCUGGCUCGGGACAUGCAACAACGAACAUCCGUGGUGCGGCAGAAUCGAGCCGAAAGCAGCACCGACGAGACUAGUGGACAUUAGUGACCCAGAUAAUUAUAGACUGGUUGAAACCAAAGCCGGCCAGAAAGAGCUAUAUGUGGCCCUAUCAUAUGUCUGGGGCGAGAAGAAAGACAAAAACGAUAGCAUCCAUAAGUUGAAGCUAAAGAAGGCGAUCCGAGGCGAUCUGAAAAGGGGCAUCAAACCACAUCUUCUCACGGCGUCCCUUCGCGAAGGCAUAACGGUGGCGCGGGACUUAGGCCUCCGAUACAUAUGGAUAGAUGCUCUUUGCAUCCUUCAGGACGACGACGACGACUGGAAGAAUGCAGCAGUAGAAGUCCCCGAAGUCUAUGGCAACGCAGCACUCACCAUCACCAUUGGGAAAAGCCACGACAGCCGCGAGGGAUUCUUCAAUAAGCUUCAGCCCGUUGACCUUCCAUACCAAGUGAACGGCACAGCAUGCCGCCUUGAAAUCAGUCUGGCCACCAGUCGUGCCAUUGGCCCGACAGACCAACGAGCCUGGUGUUUCCAAGAAUCCAUACUGAGCAGGCGCAACCUCGUCUUCGGAAUAGGACAAGUCUUCCUGCGGUGUCGUAAACGCAAGGACUUCCAAGACGGCAGUGACGAUCCACACAUGUUCGAAGAGCCGGCCAUCGAGCACGACUGGAUUCUGCCUCAUCCUCCUGACGCACGUCGCGGAGGAAGCAACGGGUCACGUCGCACGCAGGAGGAUGUCGCACGCGGUUGGUACCGCAUCGCCCAGCAGUACUCCAUUCGAGACAUGUACGAUCCUUUCGACUGUUAUGCCGCGCUUGCAGGUAUCGCGAGGCGGUGCGAGAAAGCUCUAGCCAAAGCGGCGAGGGAUGGGAAACCCCCGAGAUACCUCGCUGGAGUAUGGGAAACAGACACAUUUCAACAUGCUCUCAUGUGGCGGCGGAGUCUUGAGGCCGAAUCUGCAGACCAUUGUCGACCUCUCGUAUGGCCGGUUUCCUCAAAGGGACCUGGUACUCUCCCUGUUCCUGUUCAACGAGCACCUUCGUGGUCGUGGAUGUCUGUCGUCGGCCGAAUGACCUUUCACUGUGCCCCGAUACUAAGCACCGGCGCAACUACAUCCAUGUUUCACAGAAUACCUUGCUGUGGCCCUGCAAAUAGGGGCGGCGCUUGGAGUCGCGGCACCUGGGGCAUCAAAACGCAGCUCGAAACCAAAGAGAUCCAACGGUCUUUGCCCUUGAAGAUUGAUGUGCUGGGCCGUCUUCAUCGAGUGCGAGCCACGAAAGGCGUUGUCCGCAACUUCAUGAUGGACCUCAAGGUCGGAGAGGUUCGCCAUCCCCAUGGCACCAUCACGUCUGUGGAACAAGAAAACUUGAAGGAACAUGGUGUUGUGCUGCAAGAUUUGGGUAACCCACAUGACGAAAAGGGCAUUGCUCUGGCGCUCUUUGAUCAGUGGGUUGAUCGUAAUUCGAUUGCUGGCACCGAGUUUUGGGCUCUGCCGGUUUUGACUCUUUCCAUGGGGGAUGGGAGAUCGCAUGUACCAAGUGAGGGUUUGCUGCUUUCGACGAACAGGCAGGGUGUGUAUAGCAGAGUGGGUGUCUUUUGGAUUAGGGAUGCCGAGGUGUUUAUGAAUGCAAAGGAACAAGUUGUUUCUAUUGAGUAG